GGGGCCGGCGGGGCAACCGCGGCCACCUCGGCCCUGAACCGGGAGAAGCGGCUGGUGUGCGUCGAGUACCCCGGCGUGGUCCGGGACGUGGACAAGAUGCUGCGGACGCUGGGGGGCGAAGAAGGGGUCUCUCGGAUCUACACGGACCCGAACAGAAGGCUCGAGGUCUACUUCCGCCCCAAAGACCCUUAUUGUCACCCUCUGUGUGCCAACCGCUUCCCCACGUCUUCCAUGCUGCUCAAGGUGAAGAAGAAAACCCGUCGGAAACAGACAGAGGCAGGCGGCUUUGAGGAAGAAGUGAAAUUCGAAGUGGAGGUCCUCGGCAUUGUGGCGACGGUUUAUAAGUUUCAAGGGAUGUCUGAUUUCCAGUAUUUGGCUGUUCAUUCUGGCCCCGAUGGGAAGCAGACCUCCAUGUAUGACAAAGUUCUUAUGCUUAAGCCAGAAAAAGAGGAAUUUUUCAUGAACGAUUUGCCACUUUAUAUCCCUCCACCUAUCUUCUCACGCCUUGACACACCUGUGGAUUAUUACUAUCGGCCAGAAACACAACACAGGGAAGGGUAUCAUAACCCUCCUCUGUCUAGCGAAAACUUGAUUGGACUGAGCAGAGCCCGGCGGCCCCACAACGCCAUCUUUGUCAACUUUGAAGACGAAGAGAUCCCCACGCGGCCCCUGGAGGCCGCCGAGCAGACCUGGAUGAGAGUUUGCAGCAACCCGGUGGAUCAGAAAGCGGAAGAAGAACUGAGAAAACUGUUUGAGGUCCGUCCGGUCUGGUCGCGCAAUGCCGUGAAAGCCAACAUCAGCAUACAUCCGGACAAACUGAAGUUUCUUCUGCCCUACUUGGCUUAUUACAUGCUUACCGGUCCUUGGAGAAGCCUGUGGGUUCGCUUUGGUUAUGACCCGAGAAAAUACCCAGAAGCGAAGAUCUACCAAGUGUUGGAUUUCAGAAUUCGCUGUGGAAUGAAAUACGGUUAUGCCCCGAGCGACAUGCCGGUUAAGGCCAAGCGCAGCACUUACAACUACAGCCUGCCCAUCACUCUGAAAAAACCAGUAAACCAUGCUGUCGGCCUUCAGGACUUGAAGCAAGGACUGAGCACAUCAGGGUCACCCGGUGCCAGAAAGCUUAGUUUUAACAAGUACAAACUGAAAGAUUCAAUUUACAUCUUCCGAGAGGGAUCCCUGCCUCCUUACCGACAGAUGUUCUACCAGCUGUGUGACUUGAACGUGGAAUGCUUGCAGAAGAUCAUCCACCGCAACGACGGGACGGAGACCGUGUGCACCGAGCGGGACGGCUGGUGUCUCCCCAAGACCAGCGACGACCUCCGGGACACCAUGUCCCUGAUGAUUAAGCAGAUCAUCCGCUCCAAAAGGCCGGCUCUGUUCACCAGUGCUUCGAGGGCAGAAGAAGGCAAGGAGCCGCUGGAAGAACCGUUUGAAUCUGGAGAGGAGGAGGAGGAGGAGGAGGAGGAAGAGGAGGAAUUUAAGCCUUCUGACGGGAGCGAGAACGAAAUGGAAACAGAGAUUCUGGACUACGUGUGACGGUUAACACGACCGUGCGUUGUUGUUUUCUUAAUGGUGUGCGAGAAAAACAAGGGAAGCUGACAGGGUCUUCAGCCCUGAUUUCCAGGCUUAUGGAUCCCUUUCUCGAGUUCUUACGACUCCGUUGUGUGGCUUCAGGAUGCUGACUUUGGUUACUGUGGUGUUUGUGGUACCUUGUGUGUAGCAAAAAGAAAAAGGAUUUAAUUGAUUGUAUCUUGACACGUCUCACAUUUGGUUCUUUUUGGAAGGGGAUUGCGGUCCUCCUCAGCCGUGUUCAACUUUCCAUGAGCCUGAAUCCUUGGGAGAUCCUGCCCUUGUAGUUUUAGGGCUAUGCAUACACAGGUAUGAGGACAUAACAUGGACUCUUAUAGACAUUCCCUACGUGGGAAACCAUGAGCUCCCUCCUCCUUAUAAUAGAACAGAUCUGUUGUAAACAAAGGCAAAGACUUGUAUUCCGAAAAUGUGUUGGGUAACAUUUGAUGAGAAGCUUCUGAUUAAACGAGUGUCAAAAAGAUGCUCCUGCCUCCAUCAUGAUAGUAAAAAUAGAAGAACCACCAAAUA